AGUAAGGUGUCAGUAUCAGCUGACAGAACUGACAGUUAUGAAAAGAAUAAAGAAUACUCCAAUGCAAUUAUAAUUCACGAAAAGUCAUACAGAAAAGAAGAAAAAUAUUCAAUUGACAAUUUGAAAAAUUUAAUUGACGUAUAGGAUAUCAUUUUUAAACCACAACAAUGCAUGACGCUUACGAGGAAACGUCUAUAUUAAAUAUUACUGUGCAAAUCGAAUCUAUGGCUGCUUAUGAUGAUAACUUAUUAAUAGGCACAAGAGAGGGUCAUCUUCUUAUGUACAAUGUUCCACCAGUGUUUAAUGAUAGUCAUAAGCUGGAAUUAUUACGUCAUAGUAAGAACUUUAACAAAAAACGAAUCAAUCAGAUAGAUGUUGUACCAGAGUAUAAUUUAUUGAUCAUCUUGACAGAUAAUAUUGUAUGCUGUCACGAUUUAAAUUCACCAAAUUUUCAACAAAUAUGUCAAUUACCAAAAACUCGAGGUGCUACUCUAUUCACUUUGGAUGUUCAGUCAACACAGAGUCUGACAGGAAAAAAAAAUACUGUAGUGCGCUUAUGUGUCGCUGUUAAACGUAAAUUACAAUUAUAUUACUGGAAGGGAAAAAAGUUUGAAGAAUUUAAUGAUUUUGAGUUAACUGUGCCAGACAUACCUCGUCAAUUAGCAUGGUGCGGUGAAACAUUGAUAUUAGGAUUUCGUGGAUUAUCUUAUACUAUUUAUGAUUUGAACGAUAAACCUAAAGAACUCUUUCCCACUGGUAAAUCUCCAGAACCAAGUAUCACAAAAUUAUCAGACAAUUCUUUUGUAUUGGGAAAGGAUUUUCAAUCAUUUGUUAUGGAUACAAAAGGAGAGUUGGUUCAACACAGUCCUGUAAAAUGGUCGGAUGCACCUAGUGCAAUAGCAUGGGAUGAUCCUUACCUAUUAGGUAUUGUGCAUGAGAGAUUAGAGGUGUAUACAUUAGAAGGAUGUCUACAUAUUCAGACAAUAAGAGAUUUAAAUAAAGCUAGACUUAUAUAUCGAUGCAAACAGGGAAAAGUCUUUGUGGCAUCCAUUAGUCAGAUUUGGUGUAUUAAAGCAAUUGAUGUUACUUUACAGAUUAGAACAUUGCUAGAGCAAAAUCAGUUUCAAUUGGCAUUACAAUUAACUAAUUUAUCAGACAUAACAGAUGAGGAGAAAGCUAGGCAGACAUAUAAAAUACAAACAUUAUAUGCACAUUAUUUGUUCUACAAUAAGCGAUUCCAAGAGGCGAUGGAUUUGUUUUUAAAACUGGGGACUGAUCCAUAUGAAGUAAUUAGAUUAUUCCCAGAUUUAGCACCAUCGACCAACACUCAUGAACCUAGUGAACCAUCACCUAGCUUGCCAAAACUGCAAGAUCAUGAAUUGGAAAAAGGUUUACGUGCAUUAAUAGUUUUUCUAACUGAAGUUAGGCAUAAACUAAUGGCAAAAGAUAAAGAGCUUAAUAAAGAAAAGGAUGGAGUAAAUGGAGAAAAGAAUCUAACUGCAGUAGCUACGGAACAACUUUUGAAGAUCAUUGAUACUACUCUUUUAAAGUGUUACUUACAGACCACUGAUGCUUUGGUAGCACCUUUACUUAGACUGAAUCACUGUCAUUUAGCAGAAGCAGAGAAAACUUUGUUAAUGCAUCAGAAAUAUCCAGAACUCAUUAUAUUAUAUCAAACCAAAGGACAACAUAAGAAAGCAUUGGAACUUUUGGAGAAGCAUGCAAAAGAGAACGAUUCCAGUCUAAAAGGCACUGAGAGAACUAUACAGUAUUUACAGCAUCUCGGCAAGGAUCAUAUGGAUCUAAUUUUGAAAUUUGCUGGAUGGGUUUUAACAGAGGAUCCUGAACAAGGCCUCAGAAUAUUUAUGGAAGAUAUACAGGAAGUCGAACAUUUACCUAGACCAAAGAUAUUAGAUUACCUCUUACGUUUCCAUAAAGACUUAGUAAUACAGUACCUGGAACAUGUGGUACAUGUUUGGGAAGACACUAAUAUGUUAUUCCAUAAUGUUUUGAUACAUCAGUAUAAAGAGAAAUGUCUAAACUCCAUGAAUGCUAAUGCAACACCAGCAGAGAAAGAAGCCUCACAACACAUAAGACAGAAAUUGCAACAAUUUUUAGAGAAAUCAACAUAUUAUACACCUGAAACAAUAUUGGUGCAUUUUCCAUUUGACUGUUUGUUCGAGGAACGUGCAAUUAUACUUGGACGGCUCGGUCGUCAUCAACAAGCUAUAUCGAUAUAUAUCAAUCUUUUGAAUGAUAUACCGCGCGCAAUACAAUAUUGCCAAAAUGUAUAUACAAGAUAUCAAAAUCAAGAUUGUGCAGAAAAACAAACGGACAAUGCUGACGAAGUGUAUGUUUUACUAAUUCAGCAGUUGUUGAAACCUGAUAAUGAAGGAGUUUUAAUGGCUGGUUGUAAUCCAGAAAUUCAAAGAACGGCACAACCAGAUUUAGAGAUGGCCCUUCAAUUAUUAGAGGAACAUGCCUCAAAAAUAAAUCCUAUGAAAGCCCUGAAAGUUUUACCGGAUUCUGUACCUAUUGGUAGAAUAAAACAUUUCUUAGAAGUUGGUUUGCAAAAUAAUUUGAAUGCGAGGCGAAGAACGCAGGUUCUCAAAGGGCUGCUUUACGCGGAGCAUUUACAAGUACAGGAACAACGAAUGCAUUACGAGUCACAGAGCGUCCUCAUGACAGAGUUUAAUAUAUGUCCAGUUUGUAAAAAACGCUUUGGCAACCAAAGUGCUUUUGCGAGGUAUCCUAAUGGUGAUAUAGUACAUUAUUCUUGUCAAGAUCGCAAAGGAUAAAAAAUAGCAGAGCUAGCCCCACCUUAUAUAAUCACAAUUAUAUAUCUAAGAUUUUAUAUAUUAAAUGUAUGUUCUUUUUAUAUAGGUUUCAUAUAUGAAAUAUGAAAUUUUGAGAUAUAUAUUAUACAUAAAAUUCAAAGAUUAUUUAGAAAAAUAUUUCUAUUUAGAAAAAACUCUUAAUUAUUAUCAUCAAAACUAUUUCUCAUAAAAAAUCUCUCUUAAUUUUUGCAAUUUCUUUCUUUACACUUUUUAUGUUACAUGCUAUAAGAGUUAAGAAUAAAAAUAAAUAUUAUAAAGAUGUAAAAGCAAAAUAUUCUACUUCUUUGUGCUUUUACAAAAUGUUUUGCAGCAAAGUAGUUGUAAAAGAAAUAAAAUUUUGAGAACA